GAAUGUUCAGCUCUGCAGUUUCAAUUUGCAUUCAACGUCAGAAUUCCAUACUCUGUUUCAAUCGCAAAUCAAUAUUUUCCCUUCUCUUCGCCAAAUACGUCCACAUUCAAUCCCCAAUUUCCCCCCUUUCUCAUUCUUCAAGCUAUCCAAUUUCUUCAUCCUGCUUCUAAUAUUUCGCAAUCUCACAAUCCUGUUGGAGAACACAAGGAAUGCCGCUUCUCUCUCUCUAUGUUUGCCCAACUUUUAUAUGCUGAUAAAGGAGUAUUUUCCCUAAUGUCUACCGUUGGCAAUUCAACGAAUAUUUUCUGGCACGAAUGCCCUGUUGGGAAGGUUGACAGGCAAAAACUGCUUAAUCAACAGGGAUGCGUUGUAUGGAUUACUGGUUUGAGUGGAUCAGGUAAAAGUACCUUAGCAUGCUCACUGGGUAGAACAUUGCACUCUCGGGGGAAACUUUCAUAUGUUCUCGAUGGGGACAACCUUAGGCAUGGUCUAAACAAAAAUCUAGGCUUCUCACCUGAGGAUCGGACUGAAAAUAUACGCAGGGUUGGGGAAGUUGCAAAGCUCUUUGCUGAUGCUGGAUUAAUCUGCAUUGCUAGUUUGAUAUCUCCUUAUUGUAAAGACCGUGAUGCUUGUCGUGCCUUAUUGUCAGAAAACUUUUUUGAGGUCUUCCUAAACAUGCCUUUAGAGUUGUGUGAAGAAAGGGAUCCUAAAGGUCUUUACAAGCUUGCACGAGCUGGGAAGAUUAAAGGGUUUACAGGAAUAGAUGAUCCAUACGAACCACCUUCGAAUUGUGAGAUUGAGAUAACCCAAAAGGAUGGAAUUUGCCCGACACCGAAUGAGAUGGCUGGGCAGGUGGUAUCAUACCUGGAAGACAAAGGAUAUCUUGAAGCUCAGUAACCAUACGAAAUGUUUCAUGACAUGCUGAUUAUUGAUGUUUAGAUUAGAUGAUAAUUAUGAUAUUAUAGAGUGAUUGCUCUUUUUCUUCGUUUUUUUUGGUCCUUCUUUUGAACAUUACUAGUCCAACAAUUUGUGCUGUAUUGUAUUUUUAUGAAUAUAAAUAUAUAAAAUGUGGCAUGAAUAUCUUGGAUA